AUGCUUACCGUUCGCAAAACGCCGACCACUACCACCGUAGCCAGCUUCCUCUCGUUCGCAAAAACCCUAACCACCAGCAGAAAAAAUCUCACUCCGGCCACUAAUAGCAGCCGAACGGUACCCAACGAUGACUACUUUGCCACGAUCCACCACAUAUCCAACAUCGUCCGGCGGGACAUCUACAUGGAGCGAACCCUCAACAAGAUGCGCAUCUCACCCAUAGUCAACUCGGAGCUCGUCUAUCGGGUCCUCCGGAGCUGCUCCGGCUGCGGGAUCGAGUGCUUUCGUUUCUUCAACUGGGCUCGGACGAACCACCCGAGCUACGACCCGACCACGCUCGAAUUCGAGGAGCUCCUCCGAAUCCUGGCCCGAACCCGACACUGGGAGACAAUGUGGAAAGUGGCACACACUAUGAAAACCCAGAAUUUCCCUAUAUCUCCAUCAGUAGUCUCGUUCGUUAUCGAACAAUAUGGCAAAUAUGGUCUUAUAACUCAGGCAGUCGACUUAUUCAAUGGGCUGAAAAACUUCGACUGCCCUCAGACGAUCGAGGUGUACAAUUCCUUGCUUUUCGCUCUUUGCGAGGUGAAGAAUUUUCAGGGCGCGUAUGCCUUGGUACGUAGGAUGAUCCGAAAAGGCUGUGUUCCGGAUAAGAGGACUUAUUCCAUACUUGUCAAUGCAUGGUGCUCGGCCGGGAAAAUGAGGGAGGCUCAAGAGUUUUUGGAGGAGAUGAGCAAAAAAGGGUAUAAUCCGCCCGUUCGUGGCCGUGACUUGCUGAUCGAUGGCUUGCUGAGUGCAGGCUAUCUCGAGUCGGCUAAAGGGCUGGUGAGGAGAAUGAGCAAGGAAGGGUUUGUGCCGGAUGUGGGCACAUUCAAUUGCUUGAUAAAAGCCCUGUUUGAAUCUGGGGAAAUUGAGUUCUGCAUGGAUCUUUUCCGUGAUGUAUGUGGAUUGGGGUUUUGUCCAGACAUAGAAACGUAUAAGACUAUGAUAACCAUGUGCUCGAAAAUUGGUAGAGUUGAUGAGGCUUUUAGGAUACUCCACAAGUCAGUUGAGGAUGGUCACAGGCCUUUUCCGAGCUUGUAUGCUCCGGUUUUGAAAGCCCUUUGCAAGAGGGGGCAAUUUGACGAUGCUUUUAGUUUUUUCUCGGAUAUGAAAGUGAAGGGGCAUCCUCCAAACCGGCCUGUGUACACCAUGCUGAUAAGGAUGUGCGGGCGUGGAGGCAGAUUUGUGGAGGCCGCGAAUUAUUUGGUGGAGAUGACCGAGUUUGGCCUGGUGCCUAUGUCUCAGAGCUUUGAUAUGGUCACGGACGGGUUGAAACACUGUGGGAAGCAUGAUUUGGCUAAAAGGAUAGAGCAGUUGGAGAUAUCUGCUCGGGGUAUUACUUGA